AAGUUUCAUUUCAUUUGAAUGCUUUUAAAAUCACUGAUUUGAAGUUGAUCUAUUUUUUUUUUAAAGUUCCAUAAUUAUUUGUCAGUUUGUCUGUUACCAGCCUUUGUUGUUUAACUGAGUUUCAAUAGACCUAUUCAAAAAACUAACUUCCGCAAAAACACAGGAAGCUGAAGGAGAGGCCAGGGGCAGCUAGUCAUCCGAACACUUGCUCGCAGGCUGGACUGAAAACUCAAUGCAUUAUAUCAAAAUAAAUUUGGUUUAGCUCCAUUGAAGUACACAACAAACUAAAGAUGGAUGACAUAGAUGCAAUGUUCAGCGACUUGCUGGGGGAGAUGGACCUUUUAACCCAGAGUUUAGGGGUUGAAACAGUUCCACCACAACCUCCCCCCAGCACUGAACUCAACUAUUCCAUUGGUUUUAAAGACUUAAAUGAGUCGCUCAAUGAACUAGAGGACAAUGAAUUGGAUGCUUUAAUGGCAGAUCUGGCAGCAGAUGUCUAUCAACCCGAAAUAAACCAAACUUCUUCUUCAACUCUGCCUCCUCCCCCUGAAGAGUACAGCUUCAGUGCUCUUACAAGUAAUUUCCCAGCGGCUCCUAACAGUUUGCAUUGCAGUGGCUCGUUGCCACUUCCUCCACGUCAGGCUGUUCCUGCUCCUGUUUCUGCACCCCCUCCUGAGCCCUCAGCACCACUAUCACAGGAAGAAAAGGAGGCCCAGGCAAAAGCUGACAAAAUUAAACUUGCGUUAGAAAAGCUUCAAGAAGCCAAGGUUAAAAAGCUUGUUAUUAAGGUGUUGAUGAACGACAGCAGCUCCAAAACCCUGAUGGUGGAUGAAAGGCAGACGGUUCGAGACAUUUUAGAUCAUCUUUUCGAGAAGUCGCAUUGUAACUGCAGUGUGGAGUGGUGUUUGUAUGAGAUUAAUCCUGAUCUACAGAUAGAGAGGUUCUUUGAAGACAAUGAAAAUUUAGUGGAAGUCUUAUCUCAAUGGACACGAGACAGUGAAAACAAGAUUCUGUUUGUGGAAAAACCAGAUAAAUAUGCUGUUUUUAAAAACCCUCAGAAUUUUUACAUUGGGAAGAAAGAAAAAAAAGAGAAAAAAGACAUGAAGGAAAAAGACAAGGAGUCCUUACUGAAGGAGAGCUUCUGUGGAACCUCUGUUAUUGUACCCGAUCUUGAAGGAGCUCUUUAUUUAAAAGAAGACGGAAAAAAGUCCUGGAAGCGUCGCUACUUUCUUCUUCGAGCCUCUGGAAUUUAUUACGUACCCAAAGGAAAGACUAAGACUUCGCAGGAUUUGGCGUGCUUCAUCCAGUUUGACAAUGUGCACGUCUACUACGGCACGCAGUACAAAAACAAAUACAAGGCACCAACAGACUACUGCUUUGUUCUGAAGCAUCCACAGAUCCAGAAGGAAUCGCAGUACAUCAAAUACCUGUGCUGUGAUGAUCGGUGGCUGAUGCACCUCUGGGUGACGGGAAUAAGGAUAGCCAAGUAUGGAAAGACAAUGUAUGACAACUACAAUAUAGCUGUGCAAAAGGCUGGAUUGGCAUCAAGAUGGUCCAACCCGAGCAAUGUAGAAUCGAAAGCUUCUUCAGGAACAGCUGCUGUUCGGGCAAAUGGACAUCAAGGUCAAGCGCCUCCCUCUGUCAGCACAGCCUUUUCUGAGGCUUGGCAACGAGCCGAAAUGACAAAGGAUAAUAAGACGAGUGGUGGGGGGAACCCCUCUUUUCUGCCUCCACCUCCCCUAGAAGAACAACUGCCACCGCCACCACCUGACCCAGUGCUGAAGAUGCCCCAGCCUAGCCCUACAGUAACCCCCAGAGUGGCCCAGCGGUCCCCAGGCAUCGCACACAAACCACAAACCUACUUCCCUCCACCGCCUCCCAUCCAGGACGACGAGUACCUCCCUCCACCUCCUGAUGACUUUCCAGAGCCUCCCCCUGACUUCCUCCCCCCUCCACCCCCAAACCCAGUGGCUAGUUCUGGGGGCUCUGCUGCCCCCCCUCCUCCUCCCCCACCCCCCCCUCCGGUGGCCACCGCCCCACCCCCUCCGCUGAAGAGAAUUGGACCCCCACCUCCCAUGAGGACCACUCCUGUCUCACCAGCAGCAUCCAGCUCGGGUCAGCCAGACUUCAUGUCAGAAUUGAUGAAAGCCAUGAAUAAGAAAGGCAACAAAUAAGGAGCUGCAUACUAAAGAUUUGUUGUGCUAAAUAACAGAUAUUAAUUUCACAAAGCUCUUUCAAAGAGCUGGUCUUUGGCAAUUUCAAUAUGUAAAUAGGAGGCUGUCAGGCACUUGCUUUUGCUUUUUAUACUUUUUGUUUCUUCAUUCAAGGUUUUUAGCAUCAAGUGUCUGGCAACAUAAUGCAAAAUCUUUUUUACAAUCAUCCUUAUGAGCUGGACCCCUAGUACUCGGUGUACAGUAUGUCAUGAACUUACUGAGCUACAACUGUCUGUAUAAUAUGCUCUUGUUCUUCCAAAAUAAAGUGUAUUUCAAACA